AUGUCUGCCAGUAUUAGAGCAAGGGUUUCAAGCCAAAUGGCUUAUAAGGUUAAAAGGGCAGCCUUGCUAGAAGUUGACUGCUCUAUAAAGUAUCAGUUUUCAAUGUUAAGGGACUAUGGAAAUGAGCUGAUAAGGGCUGAUCCAGAUACUACAGUCGAUAUUAAGUGUGAUUUCAGCAUUACUUCCAAGAAUCCCGUCUUUAAAAGAAUGUACAUUUGCUUGGGAGCCCUCAAGAAUGGAAUCAAGGCUGGAUGUAGAAGUGUGAUUGGCUUGGAUGGUGCACACUUGAAAAGUGCUUUUGGGGGACAGCUUUUGAUAGCAGUGGGGUUGGAUGCCAAUGACACAAGCUGGGUGAUUGCAUAUGCAAUGGUUGAGAUGGAGAAUAAGGACUCAUGGAUCUGGUUUUUGCAACUAUUAUGCAAGGACUUGGAGAUCGAGGAAUAUGGAGCUGGGUGGGUUUUUAUUAGUGACAAGCAAAAAGGGCUCAAACCGGCAUUUGAGGAGGUGGUCCCAAGUGCACAUAUCAGGUUCUGUGUAAGGCACAUGUGGACUAACUUUACCAAACUUUUCCCUGGAAAAGUGAUGAAGGACCAGAUGUGGAAGUGUGCCAAGUCCACUACUAUGCCUUACUAUCUUAAUGACAUGGAGGAGAUGAAAGCCCUUGAUGAGGAUGCUUACAAUUGGAUGACAGCUAGAAAAAAGCCACUAGUCAUCAUGUUUGAAGAAAUAAGAUUGAAACUUAUGAAGAGGAUUCAGGUGUUGGAGAAGAGCAAGGCGAAGGCUGCAACCAAUUGCACUCCUACAUUCAAUGGUGAGGAUGAAGCUGAGGUUGAGAAUAUAGAAGGAAACAAGAAUGUUGUGAAUCUAAGGUUGAGGACAUGCAGCUGCAGGAGGUGGGAUUUGACUGGAAUCGCAUGCAAGCAUGCAGUUUCAGCUAUAAACUUUCUUAGGCAAGACCUCGAUGAGUAUGUUGCUGAUUGUUAUUUCAAGAAGAGGUAUAUGGCUAUCUACAGCAAUUUCAUCAAGGCUGUUAACAGCAUGGACUUAUGGGGAAGAUAUGAAGAUCCACCAAUCUUACCUCCAACAUAUUCAAGGCAGCCGGCUGAGGGUAAGCUUGGAAGGCAGCAGAGAUCCCUCAAGUGUGGGAAUUGUCACCAAGUAGGCCAUAAUGUUAAAACUUGUCAAAGGCAUUUGCCGCCAAAGGAAAACAAGAAGAGAAAGGUCAACAAUGAAGAAGGUCAAGGUUCUGAUCAGGCCAAGAGAGGGAAGAAAGGUUCUAUGUCUGCAAAUGAAUUGAGGAAGAAAGCAAGGGAGAGAGCAGAGUAUCAAAGAGUGAUCUCCUGA